AUGGGCUCAUUAUCUAUCUUGGUUAUGCAUUCUGGAAAAUGGGACGAUACAAAUAGUUACGUUGAUUAUACUAUAGAGGGAGUAGUUUUUAAGGAACAGUCAACGUUUCUUGAUUUUUAUAGUACUAUUGCCAAACAGAUUGGUGUUACUAUGAAUAAUAAGACUUUGAAGAUUGAGUACAAGGUUGAAGAAAGCAAUAAACGAAUGGUCAUACACAAUGACAUGGGUGUUAGAGUGUACGUAAUGCUAAAAAAGGCCAACACUGAUUUUAACAAAUUUCCUAUUUGUAUAACUAUUUUGGAUUCAUGUGAUAGACAGAUUUCUCAAUGUAAAGAGUUGGGGGUGUUGGCAACUUUUGGAGAAAAUGAUUGUCAUGAUAUGAUUGUUGUUGAACCGGAGGAUACAAAUGUUGUGUUUGUAUCGAUUGAUACAACUUGGGUGAUUUUAGACGAAUCUAAUAAGCAUGUUGAGGUUGAUCAAGUAUACAAGGACAAAUCAAUUUUGAAAGCAGUCAUGGAAAGAUAUGCGAUUAAAGAGAGAUUUCAGUACAAAACUACUCGGUCAAACUCAAUAAGUUACACUGUGGAAUGUUAUUCUAAAGGAUGUGAAUGGUUAAUGAAGGCCUCUAAUAUCAACAAAUCUAGAAUUUUCAGAAUUCGAGCAUUCAACCGAAAGCAUACAUGUCCUUUAAAAGAUAGAGUUCAUUCGCAAAGACAUGUAACUAGAAAUUUAAUAGGAGGGAUUGUGAAACCUAAAUUUGUAGAUCAUAAACGUAAAUAUACACCAGUUGAUAUAAGAAAAGAUGUUAAGAUUGAUCUAGGAGUUGAUGUUAACUAUAUGUUGGCUUGGAGGGCCAGGGAGAAAGCAUUGAAAGCUUUGAGGGGCACAACAGCUGCAUCAUAUGCAAAGUUACCUGCGUAUUUGUAUAUGAUGGAUAUCAUUUACCCGGGACCAGUAGUCGUGGUGGAUGGUAGUCAUCUGAGAGGUCCAUAUAAUGGGACAUUUGUUGCAGCAAGCACGACAGAUGGCGCAGGACAUAUAUUUCCACUUGCGUAUGGUAUUAUUGAUUCAGAAAAUGAUGCUGCGUGGACUUGGUUUUUUGAGCAACUUAAAGAAGCACACGGUGAGAGGAGUAACAUGUGUGUUGUGUCUGAUAGAAAUGAGAGCAUUAUAAAGGCUGUUACAAAUGUAUACAGUAAUGUCCCACACUAUGCUUGUAUGUGGCAUUUAUGGAAUAACGUUCAGAAAAAGUUUAGAAAAUCUCAUGAGAAGUUAUCUGGUGUAUUCUAUACAAUGGCAAAAACUUGCACAAAGAAUGAAUUUGAUAUGUUAAUGGAUACUGUAGAAAAAGAAGAUAUAAGAGUGAAAGAGUAUCUGGAUUUAGCUGGAUAUGAAAAAUGGGCUCUUUGUUAUGCACAAGUACAUAGAGGAUGGCACAUGACAUCGCAUAUUGCUGAGAGUAUAAAUGCAGCACUUGUUUCAGCGAGAGAACUGCCUAUUUUUGAAUUUCUCGAAGAGGUAAGGCUAUUAUUUGGAAGGUGGCAUCAUGACUACAAGAAGGAAGCAACCUGCACAUUCACAUCAUUGAUUGGAAAAUACCAUGACAUACUAUCAGACAAUGAAGCGUUGAGCACAAGAAUGACGGUUGUACCGUCAACGGAAUAUGUGCACAAUGUUAAUGAUGAUGGGAGAUAUUUUGUAGUCUGCCUAAAAGAAAAAACUUGCACAUGUGGAAGAUUUCAGUACGAGGAAGUACCUUGUGAACAUGCUUAG